AUGCCCUCCUCAAAUUCGAAUCCCAAGAAACGGCCAGCGCCCGGAGCGUCACCCGCGGUGCAAAUGGCACAGAUGCCGUUGCCCCAGCCUUACGCGCAGGCCGCACAUGCUCAGAUGCUGAACCAGGAUCUGGAUUUGUUAGGGUACAACCAAAGCGCUGAAAAUACCGUAUUUCAGGACCCAUUGAUGUAUAAUCUGAGCAAUUUCGAACCUGAUCCAAAUGCGGCUCCACAGCAGCAGCAGCCGCAACUCAACCAGCCAACCCCGGGGCUAUCAACGCAAUUAGCCCGCAGGCCCAUCAAUCGUCAACUCCCCCAAACGGGGCCGAAUCCGUCGUAUGAUGCUACUGGCGACCCUUGGGCUCAGUUUGUAGACGAUUCAAUGCACAACCAACACCCGAACCCUGGGAUGGAGACUGACAACAUCGAACUCCUGGAGGAGAGAGCUGCUAUGGCUAAGAGGGAUGCACAAGCAAAGCGAAAACAGAUCCCCCCAUUUGUACAGAAAUUAAGCAGCUUCCUCGAUGAAUCGAAGAAUACGGAGUUGAUACGAUGGUCAGAUCGAGGCGAUUCGUUUGUUGUUCUGGACGAAGAUGAGUUUGCUAAGAGAUUGAUACCCGAACUGUUUAAGCAUAACAAUUAUGCGUCAUUCGUCCGACAGCUUAACAUGUACGGCUUCCAUAAGAGGGUGGGACUUUCGGAUAAUUCAAUGAAAGCAAGCGAAAGAAAGAACAAGAGCCCCAGCGAGUAUUACAACCCAUUCUUCAAACGUGGCCACCCGAAUCUACUGUGGUUGAUCAACAAGCCAAAGGGCGGAUCGUCAAAGGCCAAAGGCACCAAGAGGCCGAAGAACGACGAUGCAGAACUAGACAGCGACGAGGAGGGAAGAGAUGGCAUCGAAGAGAUAUAUCGUGAACAUAUGCCAGGUGGCCAACGAGCUAUUUCCCAAGUACCGGAGUCGGGGCCCCUUCAGAAAAGAGAACUUGCUGUCGUUCAACACCAACUUGCGGAAAUCCAGAAGCAACAGGGCGCCAUUACUCACGCCUUAUCAGGACUUCGGAAAGAUCAUAACCAGCUCUUCCAACAGUCGCUGAAUUUCCAGCAACUACACGAUAGGCAUGAAAACUCUAUUAAUGCUAUUCUUACAUUCCUCGCUACGGUCUAUAACAGAAGCUUAGAUGGCAAUGGGCCCCAAAAUUUCGCCAAGAUGUUCGGCAGCGGGAUUCCCCACGAGCAACACAGUCAAGGCAAUGUUGUUGAGAUCGGAGGGCCUUCAAACGGGACACAAAGUAGUCCAGGAAGACGACAACCGCGGCUCCUCAUGGCCCCUCCUGCUGCCCAGGCCCGCGCGGCAUCAUCAGCGACAUCUACGUCAGCCUCAACGACUCCAAAUCGUCCUCAACAUGCGCGUAAAAAGUCGCGUAAAUCAGGGACCGUUGAAGAAUUAUUUGAGAGUUCUCCUACAGAUUCCACCACUGUCAAGUCAGAAGCAGACCAACAGCAACCCGAUAUGAUGCUAAACAUAAUCAACAACGCCAAUGCACAAACUCCCCCGAACCCUAGUGGGAUGGAAUUUCCAGAGAUGCUCUCUCACUAUGAGAAUGCCAACGGCCAAUCUCCACUCACCUCGGAGGAACGAGACAGUAUGCUCCAGCUUAUGGCCAAUAACUCCUCUGCUCCCGGAACCAACAACGCACUCGUCAGCCCAACACCUCCGGAGCCGCCUGCGUUGGAAAAUCUGGAACUCACUUCAGCUGAAAUUGACCGGCUGAUGCAGGUGCAUAGUACAACCGGGGCUCAGAUAAACGAUCUCAAAAAUAUCAUUGAGCAGCCUCUCAACCCACCUGUGUAUGGGUCUGGUCUAGAUGAUAAUAACUACAUGAACGUCAUGGAAUCUAGUGACGGGCAUAACCCCAAUGUUGAAUUUGAUCAAUUCCUUGACCCUGGAGCACUAUAUGGCUAUGACCAUCUCCACAACCCAAAUUCAAGCAUGGGAGAAGGGCAUUUUGAUCUGGGAAUGGAUGGCACUACUGAUGGCGGCAUUGUAGAGACACCGUGUAGCAGUGGAGCCGCCACGCCGGAAAACAAUGGCCUGAGCGAUCUAACAGACGAUCCCAUGCGGAGUCCAAGCAGGAAGCGACGCAGAAGAUAA